AUGGUAGCAUGUCUCGAAGAUCUUCCUGUGGAAUUAUGGAUAUCAAUUUUUGCUUACCUCGAAGCACAUGACCUUCUUCAAGCAUUUUCCAACCUCAAUUAUUAUUUCGAUCAGAUUAUCUCGUCAGAUUAUAUUCUAUUUCACGUUCGAUUAGUCUUCAAUCAAUUGAUCUACACAAAACAUCUCACAUACCAGAAUUUCUGCGAUGGCAUUGUACAAAACUGA